GGGUAAUUUGACCCCCGAGACAAACGCCAAGACGAACGCGUCAAGUAAAUUGCUUCGAGUCUUCCCAUGAAAACGACUGUCUUUGCCUUUAUUUUUCCAAAUGUUCCAACAUCUCCCUUCAGGGCUUGCUCAAGAACUCUCACUUGAACUGAAAAUUCUUUGCCACCCUCUAUUCGGUUAUGGUCCAUUCCUUGCUCAAUGGCUUUUCCUCACAGAAAGCUUCUGAACCCGAGUCCGGGCCCUAAGCCUCCUAAAAAGCGUGAUCUUCCAAUGCAACCACCAUGCCCUGAAACUCCUAAGGAUCCCAUUUGGCUACCGCCGCCGCCGCCGCGUCCACCUCCGCCGCCGCCUCCUCUUUCGGAGAACGAAGCCCUCAAGAAUCUGCCGAGCAUCAUGCCUUAUGCUCUUGGCUCUGUUCUCCUGGCAGGGCUCCUCUGUUUGAUCCUAGGGAAGUACUAUCUGAAGCAGAACAGGUCAAGGAGGAGAAGAGACACGCCGAUUCUUUUUCAUACCCAGCAAGAGUUCUUGGAUGAAGACCACGGACCACCCCUAGACCACCCGAUAUGGUUUAUCCGCACGGUCGGCCUCGAUCAAUCCGUCAUCGAUUUCAUUACGGCUUUCGAGUACAAGAAGGGCGAAGGGCUGAUCGACGGGACAGAGUGCUCUGUUUGUCUCGGUGAGUUCGAAGAUGGCGAGAAUCUCCGGCUUUUGCCUAAGUGUAGUCAUGCUUUUCAUGUCCCUUGCAUUGAUACUUGGUUGAGGUCUCAUAAGAAUUGUCCUCUAUGUCGUGCGCCGAUAGUCAGAGAUGCCAGGAAUGGCCACAUUAAUGUGGAUGUGGAAGAGCCUAGACUGAACAAUUUGGGCUCUAGGGAAGAGAAUAUGAUGAUCGAGAGUCCUGGUAAUAGCGAAAACACUCGAGCAAGAGUUGAAAGCAGUGAAAGCGCGGGUCAAGAUGACGGAGUUAGCACAUCGCAUAUGGACGGCGGAAUAAUUUGCGAUAAUAUAAACAAGGUUCCGAGUUUUUGGGGUGGAGAGAGUUGUGAAGUCCUUGUUCCAGGUAAUUUGGGUUAUGAAGGACAUAGAAGGGCCACGGAUACAGAGACCGAACCGACAAGACGGUCACUAUCGGUGGAUAUUACCAUUUCCCCGGGCGAAGGCAGACAAAAAACUCGGCAUAAACAAACAAAGAGUUUGAAUUUUAAAGUCGCUGCCAGGCAAGAUGCUGAACGUUUUAAAAUGCGCAGAGCAGUGAAAUUUUCCUCUUUCGGGCAGUCACAAAAGAAGGGACCUGUUCCGAUAAACCGCUCACUUUCUUCUGGUGGAAAAGUAUGGCCAUCUGGACAGACUAGAAACCAGAAUGCAGUACAUUCAUUUUGAAGCUUCCCUCAGAGCUGGUCUUUCAAUGCACGGAUGUAAUUUUAGCACAAUGAACAGAUAGUUUAGGCAUUCACCUUGUUAAAGUUUAUUGUCAGUAUAAGUUCUUGUCCACACUCUGAAAAUGUUACGCCUAAGUCUACUAUAAUGGAUGCAUAUUGGAGUUCAUUA